AUGGAAAUGUUUUUGGUUUUUCAUGUCCUGGUGACCACCCCGGGAACUGGCUCACAGGACGAGGACUCCCCACGGAGACCCUGCCCCCAGAUGGGGGUUGGAGAGAAGGUGGUACCGUUCGCCCCACGCGUCCCGGAAAAUCGCCGGGGGCCGCUGGGCGUCAGCCAAGAGGCCGCGCGCUCGGCCCGGGCCGCCCCCGCCCGCGGCCCCACCCAGGCUCGCCCCGCGCCGUUGGCAACCAGGGAAGGGCGGGCGGCGCGGGGGCAGCACGGGCAGGGCCGCGCGCCGCGCUCACCGUCAGGCCGCGCAGCGCCGCCGAGGCCCCACCCCCGCCGCUCGGGACCCCGGAAGCGAGGUUCACGCGCAGGAGCGGACCGCGGGCCGCCGGAGCAAUCGGGGCCGCGGAGCAAUCGCCUCCGCCGCGCGGCGGGCAGAAACGCGGCGGGACCACUUCCGGCCCGGCUCACCCCGCGCGAUCCGGCCCCGCCCUGCCCCGACGCGCUCAGGUUCCGCUCGCGGGGCGGGACGCGGCGGCGCUUCCGGGGGCCCGGGCUCGCGCGCCCUCUAUACCUUGUUCCCCCGGAGCUGCGGCGCCUCCAGCCGUACGUGCGCCACAGGUGGCCGCGCCCCCCACGGAGGUCGAGUACGCGCGCGCCCUCGUGGUGCGCGCGCCACCUCCCGGCCCGGGUCCCCAGUGAGUGCCGCCCACCCAACCCCCCCCCGUCCCCCAACCCAGUCCCCACCCCACCCAGUACCCACAACCCAGUACCCCCACACCACCCCGACCCCUAA